AAAAAUUCUUUACUUUAUGAACCGAUCUUUGGUUGUACUCAAGGCACCAUUUCGACAAAGUGUUCGUCAUGUACACGGUGGUGUUAUGGAUCCCUUAAGAUUACGUGCAUCUCGAUAUCCUACUGAAAUAUCAGCCAAACUCUUGUCUGCUAUUCGUAAACAAAACCCACCUGCUGUUUGGAAAGCUUAUAUGGAAUUAAGCGACCAUGACCAUCUCAAUCAACUACCAGCUGAAUAUCAUACAAUGACACUUCAAUCGUUUCAAAUCAAGAACCUCGGUUCAUAUAGUUAUGAAGAAAUCAAAUUUUAUCGCAAGUGUUUGUCCCAUGUGUUGGAAACCAUGAAGACCUUGGGCCAUUCACCCGAUGUACGUGAUUAUAAUGUCAUGCUUGAUUUCUAUGGCCGAUCAGGCGACUGGCAGUCUGCACAAGCACUAUGGCACGAUAUUCGACACCCUACUAUUUACAGUUACAACUUGUAUUUGUAUGCUGCUAUUCAAUGUAAAAAAUAUGAAGAUGCUUUCCGUAUCUUCCAUCAGCUCAAGGCAUCUUCUAUUGAACCUAACGAAGUCACUUACAACGCGAUGAUUGAAUUAAAUGGAUGUUUGGGCCAUAUCACAGAAGCAGACAAAAUCUUUCAGGACCAUUUUACACCUCAAGUGCAGAAACCUAAUACAUCCAUUCUUAACUUGCUUCAUCAUCAAAAACAGACCAACAAACAGUACCCUUCGUAUGCUUCUACUGUGGCACCCCUGGGUCGUAUUAUACCUCCUCAGAAAAAAGCACUUGAUCCUACAUUAGACACCUUCAAGGCAUUGAUCCGUGCUCAUGGCCGUAAAAAGAACACGAUUGGUCUUCACCACAUUUACACCAAAAUGAUGCCUAAAUAUGGUGUGAAGCCUGACCUCAAGAUCUAUAACGCGUUGGUGGAAUGGUAUUGUUAUAGUGAAAAUGUAGAUGCUGCAAGAAAGAUUGUGUUAGAUAUGGAAAAAGCAAAUGUGAAGCCUAACAUUGUUACAUUUAACCAUCUUUUCCGUCAUGAAGCAAUCAAGAGAAACAGACCUAAAGUAGCAGAGGCAUUGAUGGACUAUAUGAAGAAUGAAUAUGGUAUUCCACCUCUUUUAACUAUGUAUCGUACUCUUAUUCGUAUUCAUAACAAACAUAACCGUGAAGAUGAAGCCAAGCGAUUGUUUAAUGAAUACAUGGCAUUCAAGACAAGUAAACUUAAAGAACAAUAGAAUCUCUUUAUAU